AUGGCCCCUAAGAAAGUCGCCAUCAUAGGCGCCGGUGCCGCCGGUAUGUCCUGCGCCUCGACAUUGGCCAAGCACCCACAAUUUGCCGUCACUCUAAUAGACACGGAGAGUUACACUGGUGGCCAGGCCACAUCAAUCACUUUGGAUGAAAGCAAACACGGGGCAAGCUGGCUGAACGACGGCGUUCAAGGGGGCUCACAGAUCUUCCGGCAUACCUUUCAAUUCUUCCGUCGCUACGGCUAUGAGCCUCAACAGGUGAAGCUUCAAGUCGCGUUCGGCAAAGGAAAGGACUUUUGGACCAAUGUUUUCCCCAGCCAGUUGGUUGAUGAGCAUUCUGCGGAGAUUAAGAAGUUGUCCCGGGUCCUGUCCUGCAUCAAAUACCUGAUGCCCAUCCUCGGUAUCAUGCCCGUCAAGAUCAUUCUACGACUGUUCCGCUUUACUAGCGAUUUUAGCAACAAAAUGGUUCUGCCAUUGCUGGCCCUGUUCCUCGGCACGGGCAAUCAGACCCCCAACGUCUCGAGUGUCUUGCUGGAGCGCCUGUUCAAUGACCCGCAGAUGAAGCUCUGGGAGUAUGACCCGGACACACUUUUGCCCAAUCUCCCCACCAUGUAUACCUUCCCAAACUUGAGCAACUUCUAUCGAGACUGGACCCGCGACUUGCGUGAGAAGGGAGUCGAGUUUCGGCUCGGUUGUCGCACAUCUAUCCUGAAGCGAGAUAAGAAAGGUGUUGUCUUGCAAUUGCAGGACUACGAUGGCGAGAAUCCUAAGGGGGACCCAUCUGUUCACGAAUUUGACGAUCUGGUGAUGUGCUGCCCGGCCGAUGAAGCAAAGAGGCUCUUGGACCGCCACGCGACAUGGCGCGAGAAAUAUGUUUUGGGCGGCGUCAAGUUCUACAACGACAUUACCAUAACUCACUCAGACUCGGAUUAUUUCCAGAAGAUUUUCGAAAUGCAGUAUGAUCCGGAGUUGGUAGCGAAGCCCACUUCGCAGACACGAAAAGACCAAAUCGCGUUUGCAGAGCAGCAACCCCUGAGUCAAAAGGAUGGUUGGCUGGGAUUCAGGCCGAUGUACUUUACACGCUCCUACAAAUCGGACCCGGGGAAGAUAGAGAUGGGCUUCAAUUGCACUCAUUACCAGCACCAAUUUCGCGAAAACCUUGGCACGGACAAACCGCCGCUGCCGGAGGACCAGCAGGUGUUCCAGACAAUCUUUUUGAACGAUCAAGAAAAGGAUCUAUGGACGUGGAACGAUAUUGAUCCGUCGAGAAUUAUCGCUCGGAAAUGGUGGCACCAGUUCGGCCAUCGCUGGCAGCAUUAUCUUCGGGUGGUCGCGGGAAUGAUGUUUAUCAAUGGUACUAACCGAACACUUUACGCUGGAAGCUGGACCAUGGUGAACAUGCACGAGAUUGCUUGUAUUUCCGGUAUUGCAGCAGCCUACCAGCUUGGGGCGACUUACGAACCAUUUGAUGACUUCGCAGAGGACUUCUUCGCCAAGUACUUGCUAGUGUGCCAUGGAACGAGAUACAAGAAGGCCAAGGCAAAGAGCACAUGA